CCUUGUGCUCUGCGUCAUUUCCAUCAUGGCGACGCUGAAUGACAGAUCAGUUUGGGAUGAGGAUGGCAUUGGGGAGGAAGUCCUCAAAAUGUCAACCGAAGAAAUCAUUCAGAGGACUCGUCUCUUGGAUAGUGAAAUCAAGAUUAUGAAGAGUGAAGUGCUGAGAGUGACCCAUGAACUUCAGGCUAUGAAGGACAAAAUCAAAGAGAACACAGAAAAAAUUAAAGUGAACAAAACUCUCCCAUACCUGGUCUCCAAUGUGAUUGAACUACUGGAUGUGGAUCCAAAUGACCAAGAAGAAGAUGGAGCAAAUAUUGAUUUAGACUCCCAGAGGAAGGGCAAAUGUGCAGUAAUAAAAACCUCUACUAGACAGACUUAUUUUCUGCCAGUGAUUGGAUUAGUGGACGCCGAGAAAUUAAAACCAGGGGAUCUAGUGGGUGUGAAUAAGGACUCCUACCUGAUUCUGGAGACACUUCCCACAGAGUAUGAUUCCCGUGUCAAAGCCAUGGAAGUAGACGAACGUCCCACUGAGCAGUAUAGUGACAUUGGUGGACUGGACAAGCAGAUUCAGGAGCUGGUGGAGGCAAUAGUACUGCCGAUGAACCACAAAGAGAAAUUUGAAAAUCUUGGAAUUCAACCUCCAAAAGGAGUUUUGAUGUAUGGACCUCCAGGGACUGGAAAGACGCUGUUAGCGCGGGCCUGUGCUGCUCAAACCAAAGCCACAUUCCUGAAGCUGGCUGGUCCACAGCUUGUCCAGAUGUUCAUAGGUGAUGGAGCAAAGUUAGUUCGUGAUGCCUUUGCUUUGGCUAAGGAGAAGGCACCUUCCAUUAUCUUCAUUGAUGAAUUAGAUGCCAUUGGGACUAAACGAUUUGAUAGUGAGAAAGCUGGAGACCGUGAGGUGCAGAGGACAAUGCUUGAACUGCUUAACCAACUGGAUGGCUUCCAGCCAAACACUCAAGUGAAGGUCAUUGCAGCAACAAACAGAGUGGACAUUCUGGACCCUGCCUUGCUCCGGUCUGGCCGGCUGGAUAGAAAAAUUGAGUUUCCCAUGCCAAAUGAAGAGGCACGUGCUCGAAUCAUGCAGAUCCACUCUCGCAAGAUGAAUGUCAGCCCGGAUGUCAACUACGAAGAGCUUGCACGAUGUACAGAUGACUUCAAUGGAGCUCAGUGCAAAGCUGUGUGUGUGGAGGCUGGGAUGAUUGCCUUGCGCAGAGGUGCUACUGAACUGACCCAUGAGGACUACAUGGAAGGUAUACUGGAAGUACAGGCCAAGAAGAAAGCCAACCUGCAGUACUACGCCUGAGCAGCCAUGCCACAGCCUAGUCAUUUGGCCUUGUUCUUGAGGACGCUCGUGUCUCAUUUGUAUAGUUCUGUCAUUGUUUAUCAUUAAUUCGGAAUUAAAGUUUUUUCAUUUACUGGUGUA